GCUAGUCUGCCCAUCAUCAUCAUUCUCUCAUCGUCGGGGUCUGGCUGGGAUAGCAGAAAUUGCUGGUUGUUGUAUUUGCGUCGGAACUAUCAAAGCUCAAUCGCUUUGGCUGAAGGAUGUGGGAUUAAAAGAGAAUAAAAGGUCAAAAUACCUCCCUGGAUUUAAUUUGUUCCACGAUACUGUCUCUGCUUCGAAAUGUCGGGGAAAAUAGAGAGUAAACCAGACUCCCAACGCUCCCAUUUGUCUUCCUUCACCAUGAAGCUUAUGGACAAGUUCCACUCUCCCAAAAUCAAAAGGACACCCUCAAAGAAAGUCAGUAAGCCGCCUUUAGAACAUGGUGUCAAGACUGCGGAGAAACCUGCUAACAAGAGUCUGAGUCGGUUAGAGGAGCAAGAGAAAGACGUGGUCAGUGCCUUGCGUUACUUCAAGACCAUCAUUGACAAGAUGGCGGUGGACAAGAAGGUGCUGGAGAUGUUACCAGGCUCUGCCAGUAAGGUCCUGGAGGCCAUCCUGCCUUUAGUCCAAGUGGACGCAAGGAUCCAGCACAGCUCGGGGGUGUCCUCCUGUCUGAACCGUGUGUACCAGAGUCUGGGCAAUCUCAUCCGUUGGUCUGACCAGGUCAUGCUGGAGGGGGUCAACCUGGAGGAUAAAGAAACCAUCGUUACCGUCACCACUGUGAUCAAGGCAGUGCUUGAUGGUGUUAAGGAGCUAGUGAAACUGACCAUAGAGAAACAGGAGCAUCCUUCCCCCACGUCUCCUGUCAAACCAGUGCCAGUGGCGUCCCCACCCGAGAGUGCUGCUGAGCUGCCUGCCAAUGAGAAGGAGAGUCUGGACAAGAGCUCAGCCACAUCCCAAUCUAUGGAAGUCCUGACUGAACCCACUGGAGAGGAGGAGGAGGAGGGGGUGGUGGCCCCGCCAAAACCCCCUCUCCCUGGCCUCAAGAUGGCUGAACACAAUCCUCCUGCUCUCCCUCCAAAGAAGCGCCAGUCUGCCCCCUCCCCCACCCGGGUGGCAGUAGUGGCCCCCAUGAGCCGCGCCACCAGUGGCUCCAGUCUUCCCAUGGGCAUCGGCCUCCACAAACAGGAGUACGAGGUGGAUGCUCUGCAUCGGCGCUUCUCUGGGGGCAGCCAUUACUACGGAGGGGAGUCGCCGCGCAUAUCCCCCUGCAAUAGCAUGGGCAAGCUGAGCAAGUCCGACGAGCAGCUGUCCUGGACAAUGGACAGUGGGCAGUGCUCACGCAACACCAGCAGUGAGGCUCUGGACACCACAGACCACUACGACCCGGACUACGACUUCCUGCACCAGGACCUGUCCAGCCUGGAGCAGAUGACUCCUGUGCCAGUGGGAGCGUGCCUCAGCCCCCUGCCUGAGUCCCACAGCGAGUCUUCCUCCCCCUGCCCUGGCCCCGGUCCGCCGCUGGCACAGCCCCACUUCAGCCCCCUCCAGGGCUGCUCCGUGUCCCCCCUCUACUCCCGCAUGACUUACGCCCUGCCGCCCCCUGCCCUGCCGGAAAAGAAGCGCCGAGGUGGCGCCUGCUCGGGCUUUUCCGACGGCUCCUACUCUGGCUCCUCCUGGUGCGUUUCUUUUGAGCGCCACCCAUCCCAAUACGACAACCUCAUGGAGGAGGACCUACCGCCUGUGCCCCCCUUCCCCCUGUUCACGCCCGACAUCUCGCCCCUGUGCCACGCCGCCGGGGGGUUUGUGUCCGAGUUCAGCAGCAGCGAGACGACAGACGUACCUCAGAGUCCACCGCCACUCCCUGAGAAGAAGAGCCGUCACAUACUGAAGUACAUGCAGUUUGUGGAAGACUACUCGGAGCCCCAGCCCUCGGUUUUCUACCAGAUGCCACAGAGCAACAGCAUCUAUGAGCAACGCAACAAGCGCUUCCAGGAAGUCUACGGCUUCAACGACUCGUUUAGCAGCAGCGACUCUGUCCACGAGCCCCUCCCACCCCCGGCACUGCCACCCAAACAGAGGCAGCUGGCCUCCCACUCUGCCUCUUCCUCGUCCUCUUCCUCGUCCUCUCUCUCCUGCCACCUUCAGCAGUCGCAGGCUGCAGUGGUGGUGGAGGAGGAGACGGGGGCUGCUCUCAGCAUGUCAGUCUCUAACUCCUCCCUGAACACCCCCAUGCAUAAGACAGUUCUCCGGUCCUAUUCUCAGGACUUUGCGCCUCUCUGCCAAUCUUCCAUUCCAUAUCUUCUCUCAUCUGUCUCUUCCCACUCUGCCAUUGUCCACCAAUCACAGAGCAUGGACCUAGCGGCCCCGGGCAGUGGCAGCCCUGACCCUGUGCUGGUGGCCAACGGCUCUCUGGACAGCUCUGGUGGCUCUCUUGCUAUCUGUCUUCUCACUGACUCUUCUUUCUCUGACACUCGUCAAACCUCUUUGAGCGAAAGCGCUAACGAGGAAGGCGGGGAGGGAGAGUACGUUAAUCUGUACACAUCCAGCCAAGCCAACGGAGAUGGGCUCUCCCGCCGAGACUCGUCUGCCAUAGAUGACUCACUGGAGGACACUGCCUCAGAGAACCCACUGUGCAAUAACAAGGACAUGUCCGAUGACCGCCGAAGACAAAAGUCCUCUGAAGAUGGGCAGAGUAGUGAGGAGACGGAUGAGCUUUCCCUCAUCGAUCACAUGGAGAUCAUGUCCCGGUUAACGCUAAAGCAGGAGAACGACGACGGUCCAGAUGUCCGAGCCGGAUCGGGGGAUAUUUUAUUAGUCCACGCCACAGAAACGGACCGCAAAGAUCUUGUCUUGUACUGUGAGGCUUUCCUGACGACGUACAGAACGUUCAUAACCCCAGAGGACCUUAUCAAAAAGCUGCACUACAGAUACACCAGGUUUUGUCACUGCCCAGAUACCUUCAAGAAGAAAGUCAGCAAAAACACCUUCUUUGUUCUCGUCCGUGUGGUGGACGAGCUGUGUCUGGUGGAGAUGACGGAGGACAUCCUGAUGCAGCUGAUGGACUUGGUGUUCAGGCUGGUGUGUAACGGUGAGCUGAGCCUGGCCCGCGUGCUCCGCACAAACAUCCUGGACAAGGUGGAGCAGAGGAAGCUGCUGCGCUACACCUACUCCCUCAAACCACUGGCCGCAAGAGGUGUCGCUGCCAGACCUGGAACCCUGCACGACUUCCGAAGUCAUGAGAUCGCCGACCAGCUAACUCUCCUGGAUGCAGAGCUCUUCUACAAAAUUGAGAUCCCUGAGGUGUUGCUUUGGGCUAAGGAGCAGAACGAGGAGAAGAGUGCCAACCUCACACAGUUCACAGAGCACUUUAACAACAUGUCCUACUGGGUACGCUCCAUAAUCAUUCUGCAAGAGAAAGCCCAGGACCGAGAAAAGCUCCUCCUCAAAUUUAUCAAAAUAAUGAAGCACUUACGGAAGCUAAAUAAUUUCAACUCAUAUUUGGCAAUAUUAUCUGCCUUGGAUUCAGCUCCCAUCCGAAGACUGGAGUGGCAGAAAACAACCUCAGAGGGCCUAGAGGAAUACUGCACGUUAAUAGACAGUUCCUCGUCGUUCCGGGUCUACCGAGCGGCACUGGCAGACGUGGAGCCCCCAUGUAUACCAUAUUUGGGUCUUAUCCUCCAGGAUUUGACCUUUGUCCAUCUGGGCAACCCUGAUCAAAUCAACGGGAAGGUCAACUUCUCCAAGCGCUGGCAGCAGUUCAACAUCCUGGACAGCAUGAGGCGCUUCCAGCAGGUGCAUUAUGAUCUGAAACACAAUGACGAUAUUGUCUCCUUCUUCAACGACUUCAGCGACCACCUGGCAGAGGAGGCUCUGUGGGAGCUGUCUCUAAAGAUCAAACCUCGGAACAUUACGCGGCGCAAAACAGAGCGCGAAGAGAAGACAUAGCAACAUGUCCCACUGUAUUGGGCCUUGGGUCAUUUUACAAACUCUUCAUGAUUACAAGAGACUACAAACGAGAACUGUGAAGGCAGCUGAAAGAAUGGGAUGUUUUUUUGUUAGUAGUUUACAGGACCUCUCCGACUUAGGAUUCUCUGUUGUGGAUUGCACUGGGUCUCAGUCCGUGUGUGAGCAAAGCCAGUGGGAUAGACACUGUGCAGAGCACAAAGUGUUGGGAGGCUCGCAAAAAGAUUCCUCAUGUUCACCGUUGUCGCCAACUCCAUCCACCCAAUGCCAUAUUAUGGGUAUAGUCCAAGCAUUUCAGGAUCUCACAACCAGAGACGUUGUCCUGACUAAAACCAUAUCAUACUGAUGUGUGCCAUGGGAAACACCACUGUGUCAUUCAGUUUCGGCUUCUUUUUUUAAAUACGGGACACCAGCCCUUUUUUUGAUGACAAAAACUGGGAUGCCAUAAUGCCUGACAUGGCAGAGAACCGCUGUUGGUGGUGCAGAACUUUGAGGCAAAUACCUCAAAUCACCCGGGUCUGCUUCAAGACUACUGGUGGUAAAGUUAUUACUGAUGCACACAAGACUGAAUUUUGUAGUUCAAGGAAGUGUUGUAUGAUACUGUUUGACUGAUGCAAUUCAGUUUUCCUUUUGUUCUUGAAAAGGAUGUGAAAAGGAUACUUCAGAAAUGGGGAGAAGUGAUAUGAAGUUUAUAUACAGUACCAGUCAAAAGUUUGGACACCUACUCAUUCAAAUGUUUUUAUUUGUACUAUUUUCUACAUUGUAGAAUAAUAGUGAAGACUUAAACUAUAAAAUAACAAAAAAAAAAGUUUUACCUUUAUUUAACUAGGCAAGUCGGUUAAGAACAAUUUCUUAUUUACAAUGACUGCCUACCCUGGCCAAACCCGAACGAUGCUCCCAAUCACGGCCGGAUGUGAUACAGCCUGGAUUCAAACCAGGGAUUGUAGUGAUGCCUCUUGCACUGAGAUGCAGUGCCUUAGACCGCUGUCCCACUCAGAUCCCACAUAUGGAAUCAUGUAGUAACCAAAAGAAAAGUGUUAAACAUGUCAAAAUAUAUUUGAGAUUUGAGAUUUUUCAAAGUAGUGACCCUUUGCCUUGAUGACAACUUUGUACACUCUUGGCAUUCUCUCAACCAGCUUCAUGAGGUAGUCACCAUUUCAAUUAACAGGUGUGCCUUGAUAAAAGUUAAUUUGUGGAAUUUCUAUCCUUAAUGUGUUUGAGCCAAUCAGUUGUGUUGUGACAUGGUAGGGGUGGUAUACAGAAAAUAGCCGUAUUUGGUAAAAGACGAAGUCCAUAUUAUGGCAAAAACAGCUCAAAUAAACAAAGAGAAACGACAGUCCAUCGUUACUUUAAGACAUGAAGGUCAGUCAAUCCGGAAAAUGUCAAGAACUUUGAAAGUUUCUUCAAAUGCAGUCACAAAAACCAUCAAGCACUAGGAUGAAACUGACUCUCAUGAGGACCGCCACAGGAAAGAACACCCAGAGAGCUACCUCUGCUGCAGAGGAUAAGUUCAUUAGAGUUAACAGAGGAGACUGCGUGAAUCAGGCCUUCAUGGUCAAAUUGCUGAAAAGAACCCAGUACUAAAGGACACCAAUAAGAAGAGACUUGCUUGGGCCAAGAAACACGAGCAAUGGUGGAAAUACAUCCUUUGGUCUGAUGAGUCCAAAUUUGAGAUUUUUGGUUCCAACCGCCUUGUCUUUGUGAGAUGCAGAGUAGGUGAACGGAUGAUCUCCGCGGUUCCCACCGUGAAGCAUGGAGGAGGAGAUGUGAUGGUGCUUUGCUGGUGACACUGUCAGUGAUUUAUUUAGAAUUCAAGGCACACUUAACCAGCAUGGCUACCACAGCAUUCUGCAGUGAUACGCCAUCCCAUCUGGUUUGCGGUUAGUUGGGACUAUCAUUUGUUUUUCAACAGGAUAAUGACCCAACACACCUCCAGGCUGUGUAAAGGCUAUUUUACCAAGAAGGAGAGUGAUAGAGUGCCGCAUCAGAUGACCUAGCCUCCACAAUCACCUGACCUCAACCCAAUUGAGAUGGUUUGGGAUGAGUUGGAAAAGCAGCCAACAAGUGCUCAGCAUAUGUGGGAACUCCUUUAAGGCUGUUGGAAAAGCUCAUUGAGAGAAUGCCAAGUGUGUGAAAAUCUGUCAUAAAUGCAAAGAGUAGCUACUUUGAAGAAUUGUUUAACACUUUUUUGGUUACUACAUUAUUCCAUAUGUGUUAUUUCAUAGUUUUGAUGUCUUGUUCUACAAUGUACAAAAUAGUCAAAAUAAAGAAAAACCCUUGAAUGAGAAGGUGUCCAAACAUUUGACUUGUAUACUGUAUGUGCACUUAAGAAUCGAACGAACACCUCACGAGUGGCGCAAGGCACUACAUCGCAAUGCUUGAGGCGUCACUACAGACCCGGGUUGGAUCCCAGGCUGUGUCACAACCAGCUGUGACCAGGAGUCCCGCAGUUGGCCCAGCGUUGUCCGGGUUAGGGGAGGGGCUUUACUUGUCUCAUCGCGCUCUAGCAACUCCUUGUGGCGGGUCGGGUGCCUGCAGGCUGAUUUCGGUCAUCAGUUGAACAACGUUUCCUCCGACACAUUGGUGCAGUUGGCUUCAGGGUUAAGCGGGCGGGUGUUAAGAAGCGCAGUUUGGCGGGUCAUGUUUCGGAGGACGCAUGACCUGACCUUCGCCUCUCCUGAGCCCGUUGGAGAGUUGCAGCAAUGAGACAAGAUCGCAAUUGGAUAUCACAAAAUUGAGGUGAAAAGGGGGAUAAAACAUUCAUGAACAAAAAAGUGAUGUGAUUUGUGUCAAGGGAUCUAUGCAUAGCAGUGAACAUUACAGCAAUCAUAAGUGGACCUUAGACUUGAUAUGGACCUUAGACUUGAUAUGGACAUGCUUGCCUAUCUCAAAGACUGAGGGACCCCUCAAUGCCAAAUGAAGCCCUUUCUAGCGCAAAUACAAGAUGGCACAUUAUCCCUUGACAGAAUCAGACCACAGAUCCCUGUGCAAGUAAAUAAAACCUGCAGUAUUUCUA